AUGCCUUCAGCAGGCAUCGUUGAUGAUCCCGGAUCCACCUAUCAAAUAGCUGCAGGUUGUUCUGCCGAUUUCGAGAAAAGCUUGCUGAGUGCGUUCGCGGCGUGUUUGUCGAAGGAACAGUACAAAGGUUGGCUCCGCCUUUCUCAGUUGCCCCACGCUAAUGAUGAACUUGAAAACAUGGGUCGAUUGAGGUACCGCGUUCCACUCGAGCACCAUGUGGUGAAUCAAUCCGACGGACUUAUGGACAGGAUUGAAUCCGCGACCGUUCUACCCAGCGAGUCGCGACAAGCCAACACUUGGCGGCCAAUUGCGAUUAACGCGACCAUGAGAGAUAUGGGCUAA